AUGUGUUCUCCGAGGUCCGGAGCCCGCUUCAAGACUGAUGUUACGAACCCUUUAGAGGACAAGAAGCAGAGGGGAUCAAAGAACAGUAGCGACCACAUUAGUGCUGCCAACGUGUGCUUUGAAAGUAACAAGAUGGGGAAAAUGGUUGCAGAGUUUGAAGGCACCAUUACACAAGUGAUGGAGGAGUCCCAGAUUCAAAAGGAGCUUGCAAAACAAGAAUUACAGAAAGUACUUGAUGAAAAACAACAAGCUAUAUCUGAUUUGAGUUCCAUGGGAAAAUCUUUCUCAGAACUCUUCAAGAGAUUUGAAAAACAGAAAGAGGCAAUAGAAGGAUUUCAGAGGAAAGAGGCGGCUCUGAAGAAAGGUGUUGAAGAUUACCUUGCAAGAAUUAAAAAGGAAGAGCAGAGAUACCAAGCACUAAAAGCUCAUGCAGAAGAAAAGCUGUGCCAAGCCAAUGAAGAGAUUGCCCAAGUAAGAAGCAAAGCUCAAACAGAAGUAGUGGCACUUCAAGCCACUUUACGCAAAGAACAAAUGAGAAUCCAGUCACUAGAGAGAAGCAUUGAGCAAAUGGCAAAGGAAAAUGAUGAACUCACAAAAAUCUGUGAUGAUCUGAUUUCUAAGAUGGAAAAAAUGUGAUAAACCUGAAUCAUCCCACUUUCCCGUCGCAGUUCUUACUUCAAAUCUUGGAAUAGUUAAUGAUGAAAGAUAGUUGCCAGUCUUCAUUUGCACUAGUUUAGUCUUACUGUUUUUCUAUGAAAACUUGUAUAUUCUCUGUUAUUAUUUACAAAAAGCAAUUGGAGGCCUGGCACAUGCCUGCUUGUCAUUAUUUCUGUAAAUAAAAUAAAGCUAUUGGUG